AUGAAUGAUGGAUAUGUUAAUAAACAAGUAUGUCUUUGUGUUUUCAUUAAACGUCCCUUAAAUAAUUUUGUUAUUAUUACUGUAUAUGUGGAUGAUUUGAAACUUGUUGGUACUUCUAAAGAUAUUACUAAUGUUGCUACCUAUUUGAAAAAUGAGUUUGAGAUGAAAGAUCUAAGAAAGAUAAGAUUUUGUUUAGGUAUACAGGUGGAGAAUUUAUCUUCAGACCUAUUUGUUCAUCAAUUGAACUACACUGAAAAGGUUCUUGAUCGGUUCCACAUGGACAGAUCUAACCUACUAACUAUCCGACCUAGAAAGGAAGAUGAAGAUGCUCUUGGACCUGAGGUUCAUUAUCUUUGUGCAAUUAGUGCCCUUAUGUAUCUUUCAACAACACACGACUUGAUACUGCAUUUGUAG